AUGUCCUCACAUACUCCCGAUAUCGUCACACUCGACAAUCUGUCGCAGACUAUUACACCCUGGGACCCUCAGGGGGAAAGUCAACUCUAUGCCAUAGUUGAUAUGGGGAGUAAUGGCAUACGAUUCUCCAUCACAUCACUAGCGCCUCCAUUUACACGCCUCCUUCGUCCCAUCUAUUCAACUCGCGCUGCCAUUUCACUAUUUGAUGCACUCAAGAACACACCCAAAGGUCUAGUAUUUCUUCCGGAAACCAUCGCUGCCGUUUCCAAGACGCUGGAGCGUUUCCAUCAACUCGCUGUUCGUCAUGGAGUGCCAGCGAAACACAUCACCAUCCUCGCUACUGAGGCUAUGCGCCGAGCUGACAAUGCUUCUGAAAUGCUCGAGGCAAUCUCAUCUGUGACUAAUGGCCUCAGAGCAAGCAUACUUGAGCCCGCUGUUGAGACCCUCUUUGGCGCUGUCAUGGGCUCUCGCAGUGGCCUCAUUGGCGUUGAAGGUGGCGCUCUGUUCCUGGACCUCGGGGGCGGGAGCGUGCAGAUGACGUGGGUGGACACCAGCAAGCCAAACUACGAAGUAGAUGCUGCCAGAGCUGGAGUGAGUCUACCCUUUGGAGCAGCGAGAUUGAUUCGUGUGCUGCAAGAGCAGCCAGCCGAUGUUCAGGUUUCCGAGAUCUCAAAACUUCAAACCGGCAUGCAACAGGCAUACGCCAACCUCUGCUCCAAGUUCUCUGCACUUAACGCCUUGAAGAGUUCUCAUGACGAGGGUCCUCGAGUGAACGUCUUCAUGUGUGGAGGUGGCUUUCGCGGCUAUGGCAGCAUGCUCAUGCACCAGGAUCCUGUGAGCCCGUACCCUAUUCCCUAUACGAACGGUUAUACGGCUCCAGUCGAAUUUUCGGACUCAAAGCGUCGUCGUAAACAAUUCCCUGCAAUCGCUACCGUUAUUGAUGCAUUGCUCGCGACGGUGCCCAAUAUCGGAAACGUGACAUUCUGUGGUGGUUCCAAUCGUCAAGGUGCACUUAUGAUGAAACUUCCGGUCGAAAUCCGCGAGUGUAACCCUCUUGAUAUUCUUGCUCGAGUCACACCAGAUGAAAAACCCGUAUUUGAUGCUGUGUUGAACACGUUGAGAAGUGCUCUUCCCGCAGAAGUCGACUUCUCAUCCAUGCCUGACGUUUUGACUCCUGGGCUGGACUCUCUUUUUGUGCGGGAGAUUUGGACUCGACAGGGCCACGAUUCGGAUAACAACUCGUCCUUUGCACUGCAUCAUGCAAUCACCCGGGAUGCAGAGGUCCCUGGACUCUCACACACCGGAAGGGCGCUACUGGCGCUUUCAGCCUCAGCUCGAUGGGGAGGCAUUUUAGGGCCCUUGGACUCACAGCUCCAACAGAGUCUGUCGGCACUUCUUGGCAGCCAGCAUCUUGACGCACCUUUUUGGGCUUCAUAUAUCGGUGCUGUAGCCGGGCUUAUAGCCAUAGUUUUACCAAUCAUCCCAACGACUGCAGAGGAGGUUGAAAAUGCUAUCAGCAUAAAAGCACAUCUCAAGCGGGCAGAGGAUAAAAAAGAGAGAAUCGUAUUAACGAUCAGAGUUGCCUCGGCCAAUAUAGCGAGUGUCAGUCUAGAAGAUCUCGCCGACAGGGUUGAGAAAACCGCCAAAAAGAAUGGAGGGAAGAAGCCAAGAUACAAGAUAACUGCCCAAGUGAGCCCAUUGCCAUGUCACAUUUCUUCAUCAACAUAA